GUUCCGGCUUCAGGGGUCUGAGGAGAGAGUGCUGCAAAUAGACCCUAUUGCAUACGGGUGGAAAUGUGCCCUUUGCUCAAUCUACAGUUGUUUAUCAUGCCAGAGAUCCUCUGUUGGCCAGUCAUACUUGAUCGUGGGUGGAGACUAGACAGUGGGAGACUUCUUCCAGAGAACAACAGAGAGACUACAGAGACUCAACCAGAGAGAAACAAGCUUCCAGAGACUAGAAACCAGACAGGACCCAGAGAGACCAGACAGAGAACAAAGAGAGACCUGAGUUAUGGAGACACAUCAGUGUGACACCUGUGGGAAGAGCCUUUCCUCAUCCAGGAGCCUCAAGCAGCACAUGAUGAUCCAUACUGGGGAGAAGCCCUACAGCUGUGACCUCUGUGGUAAAACCUUUUGUCACUCUGGCCAUUUAACAGUUCACAGCAGGAUCCACACAGGAGCGAAGCCCUUCAGCUGUGACCUCUGUGGUAAAACCUUUAGUCACUCUGGCCAAUUAACAGUUCACAGCAGGAUCCACACAGGAGAGAAGCCCUACAGCUGUGACCUCUGUGGUAAAACCUUCAGACAAUCUGGCCAAUUAACAGUUCACAGCAGGAUCCACACAGGAGAGAAGCCCUACAGCUGUGACCUCUGUGGUCAAACCUUUAGCUGCACUUCUAGUUUCAGCGUUCACAGCAGGAUCCACACUGGAGAGAAGCCCUACACCUGUGACAUCUGUGGUAAAACCUUCAGACAAUCUGGCCAAUUAACAGUUCACAGCAGGAUCCACACAGGAGAGAAGCCUUACAGCUGUGACCUCUGUGGUCAAACCUUUAGCUGCACUUCUAGUUUCAGCGUCCACAGCAGGAUCCACACUGGAGAGAAGCCCUACACCUGUGACCUCUGUGGUAAAAACUUUAGGAAGGCUGAGAGUUUAAGAAUUCACACCAGAAUCCAUACUGGGGAGAAGCCCUACAGCUGUGACGUCUGUGGUAAAAACUUUAAUCAGCCCCAGAGUUUAAGAAUUCACACCAGAAUCCAUACUGGGGAGAAGCCCUACAGCUGUGACGUCUGUGGUAAAACCUUUACCAAUGCUAGCUAUGUCAAAGUUCACAGCAGGAUCCACACUGGAGAGAAGCCCUACAGCUGUGACCUCUGUGGUAAAACCUUUAUCCAUGCUUCCACCUUGAUACUUCACCGCAGGACCCACACUGGGGAGAAGCCCUACAGCUGUGACAUCUGUGGUCAAUCCUUUUGCCAGGCUGCCAGUUUAAGAUCUCACAGCAGGAUCCACACAGGAGAGAAGCCCUACAGCUGUGACAUAUGUGGGAAAACCUUUAAAACUGGUAGCAAUUCCAGAGCUCACCGCAGGAUACAUACCGGGGAGAAGCCCUUCAGAUGUGACAUCUGUGGUAAAACCUUUAGCAUGAAGGGGGAUUUCAGGGUUCACCGCAGGAUCCACACCGGAGAAAAGCCCCACAGCUGUGACAUCUGUGGUAAAACCUUUGGGCGGGCUGACCAGUUUAGAGUUCACCGCAGGAAACAUACUGGGGAGAAGCCCUACAGCUGUGACCUUUGUGAUAAAACCUUUAGCCUUGCUACUGCUUUCAGCCUUCACCGCAGGAAACACACUGGAGAGAAGCCCUACAGCUGUGACUGCUGUGUUAAAACUUUCUAUACCGCUGGUGAACUGAAGCAGCACCGCAGGAUCCACACUGGAGAGAAGCCCUACAGCUGUGACCUGUGUGACUAUUGCUGUACCACACAAGGCAAUCUGAAAAACCACAUGUCUUUUCACACUGGAGAGAAGCCCUACAGCUGUGACCUCUGUGAUAAAAACUUUAGCAUGAAGGGGGAUGUCAGAGUUCACCGCAGGAUCCACACCGGAGAAAAGCCCCACAGCUGUGACAUCUGUGGUAAAACAUUUAACCGGGCUGGCAAUCUUAGAACUCACCGCAGGAUCCACACUGGAGAGAAGCCCUACAGCUGCCCACACUGUGACUAUUCAUGUCAAACAAAUGGCAAUCUGAAGAGUCACCUGCGUAUCCAUGAUAAAAAAACAAACCAAAGCAGUGAUGUCUAGGGCCAAGCUGUCCCAGCAGUCACCACCUGAGAGAACUUCUGUAUGACCCACAGCUGGAAGAACUACUGGCCUGCACCUACUGGGAGAGCACAUGCAGUAACACCAGAUCUACAGUCCAACAUGACGGCACACACACAUUCUUUUUAAUUUUUGUUUCUAUUUUGUAGUGCUGACAGUUUCGUGAUGUUGUUAGUGUUUUCAUUGAUUCGGAUAAUUCCCUAUCAUCACUUGGUUCCAGUCUCUGUUACUUUUCUUGUAUUUGAUCAAUGUAAAGGCCUUAGACUGAUUUGAAAGGUGAUUUAAAAGGUGAUAAACAAAGUUAUCUGACCUACUCUCUGUCUCGGUGGAUCAUUUAUCUCUCUAUUAAUUCCAGGAAUCUGUGUAUGUACAAAUUAGAAUGGGGUUAGUUUCCCACGAUCAGAGAAAGAACAGGGCACUCUGCAAAGUUCAUAUUCCGCAAGUGUCUUCUUUAUAUUCCAACAGAGCGCAGAGUGAUGUUGUUGGGAUAAGCAUUUCGACAUAAAAUUAUGAAAAUGUAUUU